ACCUUAUUACAACUAGUAUAAAGUAGAAAAUUGAGUUACAAGUUUCAACUUUUAGUAAGGUUGUUAAACUGAAGAAGCCUCUAAUAUUACAUUUUCACACCAAUUAUUAAUGUGUUUUUUGUAAGUCAUAAUUAAACACAACACCACCCCUAUAAAUAGUCUUCAAAAUAUCCCAUUUUCUUCUCUUUUAGUGUUUUUUUUUUGGGUCUCCGACACAUCUCUCUCUCUCUCUCUCUUCUUCACCGUGGUAGUUUCAGACCAAAAUAAAAUAUGUCACGAAGAGCAUGCAAAAGAGUAAGCUUUAAUCCGAACCCAGAAGCCACAGUCGAACCCAUAUUCCCAAAACACGAGGGUUUAAGCUCGUCACAUCACAGGCGGAGAAGGGUGGUUCUCGUCGGGAUUCUCAGUUUCGGUCUAAGGAGCUCGCCGGCCGCGAGGAAACUGAUCCAACGUAUCGGAGCUAGAGUCGCCAAAACGCUGCGUUUUAUUUCCUUCAGGAGGAAUACUACCGAUAAGAAAUCGUCGUCGUUUUUAUUGCCUGCGACUUCUUCUUCCUCUUCGUCUAUUUAUAUGAAGAGGUCAAAGUCUGUAAACGAGACAGAGUCUCACAGAGCAGAAGCUAUUGAAGAUUGCAUCGAGUUCUUGAACUCUUCUUUUUCUCUUUCGAGAUCAAACUCCGUCUCAACGUGGUCUUCUUGAUUUGACCCGAAUUUGGAUUUGAGUCGGGUCAAAUAGCUACUCUAUUUGUUCCUUUUUGUUGUUGUUAUUGUAGUGAAUUAUAGAAUUGAUAAUUGAGCAUUGUAUAGUGUGUUCUU